UAUUCCUUCGUAAGCGAACUGGACGACGUGACUGGUACAGUGACAAUCAUGGCUGAAAAUAAUCCAUAUAACCAUUUAAUGAAGUCCAUUAAAAUUGGACUUAAGGAAUAUAAAUAUUUUGAUAUUGCCAGUUUUGGGAAAAAAUAUGACAGAUUACCUUUCUCUAUCAGAGUACUUUUGGAAAGCGCAGUUAGAAAUUGUGAUAAUUUUCAAGUAACAAAGGAUGAUGUUGAAAAGAUCUUGGACUGGGAACAUAAUCAAACCCUUGAAGAAGGAGCAGAAGUGGCUUUUAAACCAGCUAGGGUAAUAUUACAAGAUUUUACUGGAGUGCCAGCAGUUGUGGAUUUUGCAGCUAUGAGAGAUGCUGUUAAAAGGCUGGGAUCUGAUCCAGAUAAAAUAAAUCCUAUCUGCCCAUCAGAUCUUGUUAUUGAUCAUUCAAUACAAGUUGAUUUUAUUAGAAGUAAUGACGCGUUAAAAAAAAAUGAGGAACUUGAAUUUGAGAGAAACAAGGAACGAUUUAUGUUUUUAAAAUGGGCUGCCAAAGCAUUUCAAAAUAUGUUUAUUGUACCUCCAGGAAGUGGAAUAGUACACCAAGUAAAUUUGGAAUACCUAGCCAGAGUCGUGAUUCAUAGGAAUGGUUUACUGUAUCCUGAUAGUGUAGUUGGAACAGAUUCCCAUACAACUAUGAUUAACGGUCUUGGUGUACUUGGGUGGGGUGUUGGAGGAAUUGAAGCUGAAGCCGUUAUGUUAGGUCAGGCGAUAUCAAUGUUAGUGCCAAAAGUAGUGGGAUAUAGAUUGGAAGGAGUCUUAAAUCAAUAUGCGACUUCAACAGAUCUUGUUCUUACAAUAACAAAGAAUCUUCGACAGAUGGGAGUCGUCGGAAAAUUUGUUGAAUUUUUUGGUCCAGGAGUUACUCAACUGAGCAUUGCAGAUCGUGCAACAAUCUCGAAUAUGUGUCCUGAAUAUGGUGCCACGGUUGGUUUUUUCCCUAUUGAUCAACAAAGUUUAACAUAUUUAAGACAGACAGGAGGAUGCGAGGAACAUACUACUGUAAUAGAGAAUUAUCUUACCAAUCUACGUAUGUUGAGGGACUAUGACGAUGAAAGCCAAAAUCCAAUCUUUUCAGAAGUAAUCACUUUGGAUUUAGGAACUGUGGUUUCUAGUGUUAGUGGUCCUAAAAGGCCGCACGAUCGUGUGUCCGUUGUAGACAUGAAAACAGACUUCAGGAAUUGUCUUACUAAUAAGGUAGGAUUCAAAGGGUAUGGUUUAACCACUGAGAAAGUGGAUGCCGUAGGUAUGUUCGAAUUUGAAGGGAAGGAUUACAAAUUAAGACAUGGUUCAGUGGUUAUUGCCGCAAUUACUAGUUGUACUAAUACUAGCAAUCCUAGUGUUAUGCUUGGAGCAGGUCUCCUUGCAAAGAAUGCUGUCGAUGCUGGUUUGACUGUUGCGCCUUAUAUUAAGACAUCGUUGUCUCCAGGAUCUGGAGUUGUAACUUAUUAUUUAAAGGAAAGCGGUGUAACUCCUUAUCUUUCACAAUUAGGAUUCGAUGUUGUUGGUUACGGAUGUAUGACUUGUAUUGGUAAUAGCGGUCCUCUUCCUGAUAUUAUAGUUGAAACUAUUGAAAAGAAUGGACUUGUAUGUUGCGGUGUGUUGUCUGGUAAUCGAAAUUUUGAAGGCAGAAUUCAUCCGCAUACUCGAGCAAAUUAUUUAGCAUCGCCCCUUUUGGUAAUCGCUUAUGCCAUUAGUGGAACGGUAGAUAUAGAUUUUGAAAAAGAUCCGCUUGGUCGACGAGCGGAUGGAACUCCAAUAUAUCUUCAAGAUAUUUGGCCUACUAGAGCAGAAAUUCAAGCGGUAGAGCGAAAAUAUGUAAUUCCGGCAAUGUUUAAAGAAGUUUACUCUAAGAUUGAGAAAGGUAGUCCUAGUUGGGCAAACUUAGUAGCUCCGGAUGGAACAUUGUAUCCGUGGGAUACAAACUCCACCUAUAUAAAGAAUCCACCAUACUUUGAAAAUUUGCAAAAGGAAUUACCAAAAAUAAAACCAAUUACCAAAGCACGUGUUCUUUUGAAUCUUGGCGACUCUGUUACGACAGAUCAUAUCAGUCCAGCUGGGAGUAUUGCACGCAAUUCUCCAGCGGCACGAUAUCUAGCAAAUCAUGGAUUAACACCAAAAGAAUUUAAUUCUUAUGGUUCACGUAGAGGUAACGACGCCGUAAUGGCACGGGGUACAUUUGCUAACAUUCGUUUAAUGAAUAAAUUUAUUGGAAAAGUUGGACCGCGUACAAUUUACAUUCCCACUAAAGAAGAGAUGGACGUUUUUGACGCAGCUGUAAAAUACGGAAAAGAUCAGAUACCCUUAAUAAUUCUUGUUGGUAAAGAAUAUGGAUCGGGAUCAUCCAGAGAUUGGGCUGCGAAAGGACCAUAUCUUCUUGGAAUUCGAGCAGUUAUAGCUGAAUCAUAUGAAAGAAUACAUAGGUCAAAUUUGGUAGGUAUGGGUAUUAUUCCAUUACAAUACCUACCUGGACAAAACGCAGAGUCCCUAGGUUUAUCCGGUUAUGAACUAUAUGAUAUAACGAUACCUGAAAAUUUUCAACCUCGUCAAAAAAUUACCGUUACAACAGAUGACGGUAAAAAGUUCGAAGUGAUACUACGAUUCGAUACUGAAGUAGAUAUAACAUAUUUUAAACACGGCGGUAUUCUAAAUUACAUGAUCAGGAAAAUACUUUGAUAAAAAUAUUCAAAUAUCGGUGAAGUUUAUAAAUUAUUAUAAAAAGUUACUUAACGCAAUACUUAA